AUGGAACUGAUGAGCUUUUACAGGAAUCCUCCCGUCAACCAAAACCUGUUCUUGGACAUCCUCGGCCGUCUUGACCGUCUUGAAAAACAUUGCUCUCUGAGUGCUUCGGCCGGUUCAAGUGCCUCUCAGAGACCACCCCUGAGCGAAGAUCCGCUACCAAUAGCUCCCUCACCGAUUCAAAAUAUUGUUAACUGUAUCAAAGAUGAAGAUACUCGACACUUUCUUCUCUUCAACAUUUUCUGUUGCCUGGGACAACUUAAUUCGUGCUUUUUCAUCGGUCGAUCUAUCCGCGCGAUCACCUCCGCUAUAUCGGAGAUCGAAUCCCUGCAGAAUACCCAAAGCGUCGAGCUGCUGGGGGACCCCGACAUCUCAAAAAGUCUCGCCAAAAGGCUCAUCGAAAACCACUAUGGCCGUUUUCAAUUUGAAGGCUUCCAGUACCCUCUCAAGAAAGAUUUCUUGGCUGCAAUCCCUGACUUAAUCGAUAACCCUCACAUUCAGCUAGAUCAUACGUCUCAAAUAAUCUACUACUCAAUUCUGCUCCGGGCCUGUAUGCUAGACGCUGAGGCUCACCCAAGAAGAGGCAACUUAAUCCAAACCCUCUAUUCGAAGUGCGUUGCAUUAAGCGACGAUUGGAUGGAGAAUAUCCAGGAUACCUCUACCGACCUCUUAGCCGUUUCUCUGAUGAUAUCAAUAGCCCUCGAAGGCUGCAAUAUAGAUCUAGCCUGGAAAGCCUUCAGUCAUUCCUGCAGAGUGGCAAAGGCCCUCGGCUACUUCUCCGUGGACGAAUUCACAAGUGCAGAGAACGAUCAGCAGUCCAUCCCAGUCGGCACACCCGCGCCAGAAGCCGAAGUCGAGCGAAACCGCAAACGCUUCGGAUUCUGGCAUAUCCUUCGUACGGACUGUAUUUUUCGCAUGUCUUUUGGCAAACCGACUCUUAUUCCUGCAGGAUCGUGGAAAGUUGAUUUGCCUGACCCGACAAUCAAUGGUGUGGACGAUGGAAAGUCAAAUUUCAUACAGAUUCACUUCAUUUCUUCGAUGAGGCUUGCUCUCAUUGUGAUGAGGUAUCUCGAUUGGAUUGAGAGGGAUGCCCAACCGGAUCCAGUUUCGCACGAUACCGUCAUUGAUGGUUAUAUCGAUGAGGUGCAGUCUAUUUUGUCGGAUUGGGAUAUGGAGAGCCUUCUUCGAAUGGCGACAGAGCAUAUCGAUAUCUGGCUCUGUGUCGACGUGCUAUUCAACAGCUAUACGAUGCUUAUUGUGCUGUAUCAAUCGAAGAAGUGCAAUCGGGGUGAUAGCCUACCAUAUCCAGCCACUGAUCUUGCCAGGAAAUCAGUGAAGACCUUCCAGACACUCCUAGAAUGCUCAUCGCAGUGGGGAAUUAGUCUUAUCUUACUGUACCAGUUCAUCCCCUUCUUCGUCCUUUGCUUAAACAUUCUUGGAAAUUCCGCAUGCGAAUACCUCGAUGAAGAUCUCAUGUUGGUGAACUGGGUAUUCGAAUACGUCGAAGUUGUUGUUCAGGGGCGGGUCGAGCUACAGCCGGUUGUGAUUAUCAUGAAGGCAAUGGUGACUGCGUGCCGCCAAACGAAAACAGACCUUCUUGCACGGUCGGAUGCUACUUUUGCACAGUGA